AUUAUAUUAUUGCCUGAAAAGAAAAAAGGGAAAAAUUUAACGAAAUUAUACUUUAAAAGCUGUGACAGUACAAUCCAAAGAGAUUUACAAGAAUAUUAGUACAAAUCAUUUGGAAGAGGGAAACACUCAAUAUAUCACAACAGCAUGAAAUUGUACCCAGAGCAUAAAACAUCGCUGAAGUAUUACGCGGCAAUAUUUCUCAUUUUCGGGAUCAUUUUACUCUUAUGUGGAACAUUAUUUGAAAAUGGAGACAUUGAAAUCGCAGACCAUCAAGAAACGAUGUACCGCCAGGACCAAGUUCAUUAUUGGGCUGGAAUUCCUUUUGUGUUUCUUGCCAUCAUCUCGGUGCUAUUCCUUAUUUUUCAAUUCAACUUUUUGCUAAAACUGUGUAUCUGCUUCGACCUCAUCUGCGUGAACCUCGCCAUAUUUGUUAUCAUUGUGGAAGGUCCUGACUGGAAGAAAUACGCAGCAAAGUCUUCGCAUUAUUCGCAUUCGAGUGAUAUUGAUUAUCUGAUGUUGAAGCCAAGCGCAGCUUUUGGUAAAGAUCAGCCACUGUCGGAGACAGCGUAUAUGAGCGCCAUGAACUAUAGUGGAGCCUGGGUAAUAAUCGCUAUAUUGUCAAUAUUGCUGGGAAUUGAGACUCUUUUGACUCACAUCAAGGUGUACUGUGGGAUUGAAAGCAUAUAUGGCUACCUUACUGGCUACGAAUUGAUUUACCCUGAAAUUAUUCUUAAAAUGGCACAGCCCGUUGAGAAAUUUCAGUGUAAGGGUUGUCAAACAAGAGUUCCAACCCCGAACAAAGGAACUGACCAUCCUGAUGUUUCUUGCAAUGAGAAAUCAGAUUUACGAUCCCCGCCGGAUAUUGCGGUCGAACCACCAACCUGUGGAUCCGAGGACCCUGUUCCGCGUCCUCCCUUAUCUCCGACACUAUCCGUCGCUUCUAACACUUCUAAUGCGUUUUACGUUUGUCACGAGGGAGAUGGCAUUAAGUUGGUCGGAUACAAACCUCGUCGUCACGCAAAGCAUGGCCACCAAUUAUGCACACAUGAUGAAGAAGAGGAAUUACCCCCAGAACAUUACCAUUUCUCCAGGAAGCAUCCAAACGAGGUCGAAGAUCCAAACUCAAGCAUGAGCUUACCUCAUUCUCCAAACCAUCAUUUAUCACCCAACAGACCACAUCCUCCUACUGACUUGCCUGUAAAGCAUAGAUCAAGUGGUUCAAAUACCCCGUCACCAAGCAAUUUGCCUCUCGCAAAGGAUCCUAAAUCAUAUCGAAGUCCUAUGUCACCAAGCCAAUCAAAUCCAUUUAUACAACAUCCCCAAAAUAUCCCUACGCCACCUCCCUUACCACCAACAAAUUUCAAGCAAUCUAAUUCCAGACAUUCAUCACCAAGUAUCCCCUCACCACCACUGCUACCACCUCUGGACUUCCAUUCUGCAGCCUCAAGAACAAAUGAGCGAAGAAACCUGUCCCCCAUCAUCCAUAAACCGACUGCGUUUUCACCAGUUCAACCAAAAAAUCAGAUAAACAGAUCUCCGGUUGACCGAAGUCCCGGGAAAUAUCCUCCCGUCGGAGAUAUAUUCCCACCGCCACCGUCAACUCUUCCGUCUCAUAGCAAAGAAAAAGGCCGUGUAUCGUUCGUUGAUCCUGGAAACAAACCUGUGCCAAACCCCUCGUCCAGCUCCGGUCAAAAGCGAAACUCCAAGUUGGAAACCCUGUUUUAGAUUGUAUAAAAGUCAUUGCUUAAUAAGUUUAUUUACACAAUGAUAAACGUUUAGGAAACUGCUAUAAAAAUUACUUCCAGCAAAUUUUUUCUUUUAGUUUUCCAACUAAAUAGGGGUAUUUUCGUUUUAAACUGAUCGGCAUAUUUGUUCUAUUUUUAGUCAAAGCUAUGGUCAAAGGCAAUCAGAAUGCCUAAAUUUUUAAUACCUCGUGUAAAAUGGUAGAUAAUGUACUUUUUUACUGGAAGUUGUCAAAAUUUAUGCAUUCUGAUUCUGAUUGGGUUACUGAAAAUGUAAACAAACCUGCUGAUUGUAAACAAAUCCUAAAGCGUCCUCGAUUGCAAUGGGUCAGCGGAGUGUACUUACUUCUUUAUGCGUAUAACACGUCACAAAUCGUGAAAACGUGCUUCAAAACAAACCAUCAUAUAUAUGUAAUUAACUACUGGGAAUUUAUCUAAUAUAUUUGCUGAAAUAAUGGACAUUGCGUCUUGGUUUGACGAUGUUAGGCGCAUGAAUAAACGGCAGCUGUAUUAUCAAGUACUGAAUUUUGGUAUGAUUGUGUCAUCUGCUCUCAUGAUAUGGAAAGGCCUGAUGGUUGUAACUGGCAGUGAGAGUCCCAUUGUGGUUGUACUAAGUGGUAGUAUGGAACCAGCAUUUCAGCGAGGAGAUCUGUUAUUUUUAACAAACUACAAGGAAGAUCCCAUUCGAGUUGGAGAAAUUGUUGUGUUUAAAGUUGAAGGAAGAGAAAUUCCUAUUGUCCAUAGAGUCAUCAAACUUCACGAAAAAGAGGAUGGUAGCAUUAUAUUCCUAACAAAAGGCGAUAAUAAUUCUGUUGAUGAUCGAGGCUUAUAUGCUCAAGGUCAAUUAUGGUUACGAAAGAAAGAUGUCGUGGGCAGAGCUAGAGGGUUUUUACCAUAUAUAGGAAUGGUCACAAUUGUAAUGAAUGACUAUCCUAAAUUUAAGUAUUUUGUUCUAGUAGGUCUUGGUCUGUUUGUACUCAUACAUCGAGAAUAAGGAAGCUUGGGAAUAGAAAAAUUAUGAUAAUUUAUGUUUUAGACAGGCAUAUACGUGUAUAUGAUACAAGUUGGUAGGGGAAUUAUGCUUGACAAAGUGAUGAAGGCAUUCCAUUUUAUUUCAGCCACAUUAUUACAGGCCCUUUACGAGUCUAAACUCUGGAAGACUAAAAUGGAAUUGUUUUUAGCCUUCACUUUUGUAUUUAAAAGGAUGUUCAAAAUAAAGCUGUU